GAGCGAGAGCGCGUGUGUGCAGUGUCGUAACGUGGCAGGGCACAGCCAGUUAUGAAACUUUCCAAUAAAGUCUCAGUGCGUCAGUAUUGGUUGCUUGGGUUGUUUGUUUUUUUUUUUGUCUGAUGCCCUCCAGUUUCAUUUCCAUUUAUGAGUCCAGAGAGAGAGAGGGAGAGGUUGAGAAAUGCUAGCAGAGCCCCCCAGGCCACUGGAGGAGCCGAGCAGUUCCCACGACAGGUGGAGCACGCCGCUGCGGCGCUGAGCAAGAUUCCCCGGUCGUGGUGCCCGGGGACAGGGGGAGGGGAAGCCCUCGCACUCGGGGCAGCUGCGGUUGCACGGGGCCCCUUCAAAGUGCUGCAGCAGCAGCCAGAAGUUCGACUUUUAUUUUUUGAAAGGACUGGAGAAAUUAUUAACCACAGUUGAUGACGUCAGAGUUGAUCUGAUUAAAGGUUUGUUUUCUUGCUGGCAGAGGUGUGCUCCGUAGAGACUGGUUCUCUCUUCUUUUUUUUUUAAGUUUCUUUUUUGAACAGCAAACGGAGGGAACUGCUCGCAUUGCUGCUGCUGCUGCUGCCGCUGCUCCAGCUGCGUGUGUGUGUGUGUAAACAGGAUGGUGUAUCUGUAGCUGCCACGCGCAAACACACAUUUGACCAUGAGGACUCUUCGCAGGUUGAAGUUCAUGAGUUCGCCCAGCCUCAGUGAUCUGGGCAAGAGAGAGCAGGCAGCCUUGGAUGAGCGGGGGACCCAGCAGCGACGGGCCUGCUCCAACGCUACCUGGAACAGUAUCCACAAUGGAGUAAUAGCAGUGUUCCAGCGUAAGGGUCUCCCGGACCAUGAACUUUACAACCUCAACGAAGGAGUCAGGCAAUUAUUGAAAACAGAACUGGGAUCCUUUUUCACUGAAUAUCUACAGAAUCAGCUGCUCACAAAAGGCAUGGUGAUCCUAAGGGACAAGAUCCGGUUUUAUGAAGGACAGAAACUACUGGAUACCUUAGCUGAAACCUGGGAUUUUUUUUUCAGUGAUGUCCUGCCCAUGCUUCAGGCUAUUUUCUAUCCUGUGCAGGGGAAGGAGCCCUCAGUUCGGCAGCUGGCUCUUCUGCACUUUAGGAAUAUAAUUACCCUCAACAUUAAAUUGGAAGAUGCGUUAUCACGUUCCAGAGCCAGAGUUCCACCUUCUAUUAUUCAGAUGCUGUUAAUACUCCAGGGGGUUCACGAGUCAAAAGGUGUGACUGAAGAUUAUUUGAAACUGGAAUCUCUGAUCCAGAAAGUCGUUUCUCCUUACUUGGGCACAUAUGGUCUGUAUUCCAGUGACGGACCCUUCACGCACUCUUCCUGUAUCUUGGAGAAGCGGUUCUUCAGGCGUUCAAAAUCGGGCGACAUCCUUGCCAAGAACCCUGUGGUGCGAUCGAAAAGCUACAACAAUCCACUGCUGACACCAGUGGCCGAGUAUGAAACCGAGGGCAUGGCUGCCAAUGGAACGGGCAUCCGAAGGCACUCCGUUUCGGAAAUGACCUCCUGCCUGGAGCUACAGGGGUACUCCAACCUCACCACCAUCAUGGACAACGGUUCCAAGAGCUCUAUGACGGCCACGAAAAGCUCGCUGUCAGGAGACCAGGAGCGGCCCAGCACCGGGUCAGUGCAAUGCUCUAGCAAACUCAGCACAGCUGAGCAACAGAAAGGACUCUUCCACUCAAUGGACGACCCACAUAGGUCUUUUGAGCUUGACAGGGACCCUUCCUUGAUUCCAGUUCCCUCCUCCAGCCCUGAGAACAUAGUGGAUCAGAUUUUGGAGUCGAUCGACUCUGAUUCUGAAGGCAUUUUUAUUGAUUUUGGCCGAGGCUGUUCCAAUUCAUCAGCAUACAAUGUGGACGUGAACAGACAGAGCAUCAUGUGAAGGACACUGGGAGACAAACUGUGGGUUUUAAUAUUAUAUGUGAAAGUUACUAACGCAUUGAGUCGGACUAUGGGCAAGCUAUGUAUGUCUAGGGCAGAACCUCUGUUGUAGGUCAUCCCAGCUGUACUGAAGUACACGAACACAAGUUUACAGCAGGCGGGAAUCUGCUGCGAGGGGGAGGAAACUCCAACCACUUCUCCCUGUCCCCGUCACUCUGCAGUUGGAUUUCCUAUUGUCUUUAUAAACUUAAGGGUUCACAAGUGUAUGGUGUAUUAGUGCAGCUGGCAGUGUUCGUUAAGUAAAACAGCCUAGCAAAUAGCUGUGUUCAUUUUAAUUUUCUUCAGAGAUUUCCUGUAGAUGGCAGGUUGUUCUCUGAACUGUAACACUUCAGCCAGAGUAAAAACAUAUCCUUUUAAUAAAAAUAAAAUAAAAUUAAAAAAAAAAACCAAACAGAACAGAGGCCGUGGGCCUUCAUGCCACAGGAUACAGUGAUAAAGAUGUCUCUUUUAAUCUUUUUCUUGUACAUCUUGUAUGCACUCCUUUGCCUAAUGGUGAGUAAGAGUUCUUGAAGAAAGGCAAAUAAACAGAAAUGCGCUACCUGAUGUCACA